AUGGCUGACCCUGCUGCUCCGAUUGUGAUGCGCCAGCUUCACCACCAUAACACAACCUUCUUCCGCAUCCUCGGAUGUUACAUGUGCUGCCACCCGGGCCUUCAGGACCGUCGGCUCUGCGUCUGGCGCGUGGUCUCGUCGCCACGCCAGUCGGCGUCGGGUCUGGUUGAGGAGCCGCUGCAGCCGGGUGAGACGGUCGCCUUCACUCUGCCGCCUGUGGCGUCGAACAGCGCCUACUACAGCAUCAGGCAGGGAGACCGGCUGUUCGACCGCAACCAAGUCAUCGCCGGCGCCGCCUUCCUCGCCCGCUUCGUCGAAGAGGGCAUCCUGUGCCGCUGGCCGGAGAAGCACCUUAAUCUUCUCAACGCUCGCUCCCUCCUCUCUUACACUCUCUACCUGGUGAGGGCGGCUUUUUUCUUCCUUCGCGACGUCGUCCACCACCCCGACCACAUCGCGAACCUCGGUCAGCUUUACCGCCGUAUCGUCCAGCCUCUGGGCCACGGCAUCUUCACGUACGAGGAAAAGGAUAGCCAAAUCGCUAUCCGCACGGCCGAGACGAGGGAGCUUGUCUCUUGGUUGCCCGGUCUCAACAUUGUGCCCGCCCCACUCCCGCCUGCUGUCGUCCCGGGCGAAUAUCUUAUCGACAUUCCCGACGACAUCACCGUUUACUUCACGGCGCAGGAUGCUGAUCUGCACGCCCAGGAGGCGAGAGCGCGCGGUGCCGGAGAGGCUUGGCAAGCUUUCGACGAGCGCUUCGCGGAGGGCGAGAUGGACGACGAUCUCCCCGACAAUGUCCGCGGCGUGAUGGGCCGUCCUCAGGAAGCCGCUGCUCCCCAAGAUGCCGCCAACGCCUUCCCGGACCCUCAAUUCCAUGGGCUUCCGGAGGACCCCACCCUCGGCAACAUGCUCGCGCAGUACAACGACCUCAACUCCUUGGGACAGAUCUAUCCCGAGAUUGAGACCGUUCAGACCCCGGCGUACAACCCUGCCAUUGCGGAAGAGGGCUACAACACCCUCAGUCAGAUCUUGCGCGCCGAGAGGGAGGCCGAGAACGUCGCGUUCCCUGCUCCGGCGCAGGACGGAGCUACGUUCCUUGCUGCCUGGCACGCUCGUAACCCUGCGCCUCCUGCCACACCUACGGCUGCUCCUCGCGGUGCUGCGGCUCCGGCCCUCCCAAUCGACCCUGCGCUUACUCCCGGUGACCAGCACGAGAUGCCCGGCUCCGAGGACGAUCCCGACUACGUCCCUGGCCCUGCUCGCAAUCAAGGCGCCGGUGCCGCCAUGGCCGCCGCGCCUGCAGCAGCGACUCUUCGCCCCUUGGCACCGGGCCCUGCUCCUCCCGCCGCCGCAUCAGCCAUGACGAAGCUGGAGCGCGCAUCCCUCGCCUUCCCACUAACGGCGAACCAUCUCAUCCAAAUCGCCCAGAUCCUGAACCACCACACCAACACGCUGCUGAUCGACCUCAUCGGCGCGUACGUCAACAGCUACGGCACGCGCGCCGCCCUCGCGAUCUGGAAGCAGCCUAAGCAGCGGGACGUGCCGCUGGCGGCUGGGCGGGCCGACAUGAUCGGGUCGGAGCAUAUGAUGAAGCAGCGGUUCGUGGUGGCCAUGGUGGUGGCAUCACAUGGGGAGUUGGUGGCGUGGUUGGGCGAGGCUGCCGCGUGCGAUUUUUGUAGGGGACCGAGGAAGAAGUGGGUUAAUGGGUGCUAUGCCUAUGACGGGAUUCUGGGCGGCAGGUGCGCGAAUUGUAUUUGGGUGGCUGAGAAGAGGGAUUGUUUUGUUUGA